AUGGAAGAUUAGUGGUUUCUAAAUGGAAAGAAAGUAAUAAAAUAACAAAUGCUUUCAAAAUCAUCACAUCAGAUAAUUAAUGGUGUCUCAAUAACAUUAGAAGCUUCAUUUGGAUGCUUAUAGAAUCCAAUAAGAAAGAACUGUAUGUUUGUGAAUGAUGACACACUCAUGUUUAUAAGCGGCAAGCAUAUAGUGCUCUAUGACAUAAUUAGAAAGAGAUAAACAUACAUAAUGAAGAGCGCUGAAGAUGAAGUAGUUUAAGCAUUGAGUUUUCAUGUUUCACAUGGAUAAAAAUUGUUCAUUGCAAUAGCAUUCAAAUCAACAAGCAAGAUUCUUCCCACCGUCAAGGUAUAUAAUAGAAAAAAGAAGCGAUUCUAUUAAUGUGUACACUCUCAUUUAUUACCUAAUAGUAAUAUUCAUGAGAUUCUGUUUAUUAAUGAUGGAAAGGUACCAUAUAGAUUGAUAAUUAGCAUCUAAUCUCAUUGUCAACUUAGGAGGAUGGUUAUGGAAUGAGUUUGUUUGCAGUUAGUAAAGAAGUUUCACUUUCUUAUACUCUCAUAAAAUAAAAAAUUAAUAUGCUAGAAUCUAUUAGUGAUUUCGAAUUUUUUCUGAUAGGACCAUAAUUUCUGACAUCAUAUAAAUAUUAAGCUGAUAUUAGUGGCUUAGAAAUUUAGAAUAAUUUAAUAACUGUACUAGAGCUAUAAUUCGAUGAAAACAUAGUGGGAGUUUGUUAUAAUUCUGAAAAGAAAUAUGCCAUUGUUGCAACUAGCAAAAACAAUCUCAUCAUGAUUAAAGGAGAUAAGAAUGUCGCAAAAUUCGAAUUACAAACACAAUAGAAAGAAUCAAAUCAUUUAUUAUGUAAUCAUCAUUAGAUAUCAAUUAUAGAAUAAAUUAAUAAGGAUAAAAAUAAACCAACUGAAUAAGAGAAAUUAGUGAAUGUUCGAAUCUCUACUAUAGCAAAGACCAACAAAGGAUUCAUAAUUGGUUUAAUAGGGAAGCCUGCAUUAUAAGUUUAUGAAAUUGAAUAAGAUGCUUCAGAACAAGAACAAUAUAUCUUAAAUUUGGUCGGUUCUUACUUUAUAAAGGAUGAACAUAUUUAUGGAAUUCAUUAAAUUCAUUUGGCUACAGAUGAGAUGUAUGCAGCAUUAACAGUUAUUUACUUUAAUCGCUCUGCAUAUCAAGUAGCUUUAGGGUCGUAGUAAGUACUGAAUAAUAUUGUUUCUUGUGAAUAAAUCUUGGAAAAUUAUCAGGGAAAACUAGAAUUGUUUACAUUUAAUUUAGCUAUAGUUGAAGCUUUGAAGUCAGUUCAAAAAGAUCCAUUUGAACCAUUAUUUGAGAAGGGUGUUCACAAGGGCACAAUUUUCAAUAUUGCAACAACUCCUAUGAGAUCUAUAAUAGCAUCUGUGUGUGAUGAUAAGAAUAUAAAAUUUUGGGAUUAUUCGAAUGAUUUUAAGGAAAUGUUCUCACAUUAAUUUCAUGAAACUCCAUUAUCAGUGGCUAUACAUCCAUUAAGUUAUUAAUGUGCAAUUGGAUUUAAGGAUGGGUAAUGAAAUUAUUAAUUUUUAUUUACUAGUCUUCGAUUCUAUUUUAUUCUAGAUGAUGAUCUUAAAUUAGUCCAUAACGAAACUACCAAAGUUUGUAAUGCACUCACUUAUAGUGAGGGAGGACAUAUAUUGGCUGCUGCGAAUGGUAAUCAAAUUCAAUUGUAUAAUCCGUUAACAUAUAAAAUGAUAAAUGUCUUGCCUAAUCAUCAAACAAAUCUCAAGGAUCUACUAUUUAUAGAUAGAGUAUUAAAAUUCAUAAAAUAUAUAUAAGGAUAAUCUUUUAAUUUCCUAAUGCCAAUUUGGAAUAUUAUAUGUUUGGAAUUUACUUUCUGGAGAAAGAAUUUUAGAACACGCUCAAAAGCAAAACAAAUAUCAAAGUUUAUGUUAUGACUUUGAAUACGAUCUUGUUAUAGGAGUUUCGGAUUAGAAAUUAAAGGUGUAUCAUGAGAAGGGUUAGAACAUGGUCUUAGAAGUGGAUACUUCUCCUACAUAAUUUAGUGCGAUAUGUAUUAGUCAUAGAUAUAAUGCAAUCUUUUUUGGAACUACUUAAGGGUCUAUUAGAGUAUACUCCUAUCCAUUUUACCAUUUCAAUCCUAAAAUGAUGGAGUCCAUUGAAAUUCCUGUCCAUUAAUUAGCUGUCACAGCAAUUAAAGUAUCUCCUGAUAAUAGUUAUUUAAUAAGUUCAUCAAUCGAUGGCAGUAUUUUCUUCAGUAAAAUCAAACAGUUUAUUAAUGGAGAAGAAGUAAUCAAUAUUUAAUAAUACUAGAUUACAUAAUUGGAUUUGAUAACUAGAGGUGAUAUAGAAAAUAAGAUUACCAAUACUUUUGCACUUAAUAGUUUGUGUUUAUGCUCAACAACAGCUUAAGAAAUAAGGUAAGAGCAACUGAAAGAAUUAGAAUAUAGAUUGUAAAAUUUUAAAAGUGAUAUUGAUGAUGCUAAGGAGGUUUAACUGAAUAAUAAUGACUAUAAACUAAAGAAAAUACGAGAUGAACAUACUAAAGAGAUUCAAAAAGUCUAAGAUUUAUUAUCUUAAACAAUUUAAUAAUCAGAUGCCAAAAACAACAAGAUUAAAGAGGAUAAAAAGAAUUUAAUUUCAACUUCUAAGAAAACUAUUGAGGAGAUGAAUGAAUAAAAUUCAAAGAAAUUGUUGUAGAUCUAUGAUAUAAGAGACAAAUUGAAUGAGAAAUUAUAAAAUAUUAUUAAACAGUAAGAUGAAGAAAGACGACUAGUUAAUUAAGAAUAUUAAUAAUCAAUAUCUUAGGUUGAUGAUGAAUACUGCUAAAAAUAUUAAGACUUAUUCAAUAGAUUCAGUUAAGCUAUGUCCAAUAUGAAAUUGGAUCAAAGAAAAUUUAAAGAAGUCCUGUAGUAAAGUGAGAAAGAUUACGAAACUUUUUACAAAGAAUCAUAACAGUCCUUAAAGGCAAAAUUAGAAGAAUUUAACACUCAAACAGAAAUAUUGAGAUCUAGUAUUUCUAGAUUUAAAAAAGAAAUUGUCAGAUAUUAAAAUAGAAAAGAAAUCUUGCAUAAUUUAAAAAAAGGUAGAGACUUCAUAAAAUAAGUUAGAAACUGAGGAAUCUUUGUAGAGUCUGCGUUAAGAAUUAAAAGGGUAUGAAGAAAAACAUAAGAUGAUGUUGGCAGAUCUAAGAGAGAAAGAGAAACUUAUAAAUUAAAGGGAAUAACAAAUAAAAGAUUUUAGAAUGAAAAAUGUUCAUUUAUAAAACUUUUAAAAAGUGUAUGAUUAUAGAGUAAACACUUUAAAAGAUGAAAGAGAACCUUUAAUGGAUCAUCUAAAAAAUAUGGAAGUAAUGAUUCAUAAUUAUUCAUCAAGAAACAUGUUAAGAACCUUUAUAAUGAAUUGAUAGAAGAAUCAGGGUUAAAGCAAUCUCGAAUUGAGGAAGAAAGAAAAUUAAUUACAGAUUUAAAUAUAUUUAAAAACCAACUAAAGUCUGCCUUAACUGUUUUAUCUUUAUCCAAAAGAAAUAUGGAGAACUUUAAGUCUUCGAUAUAAACAUUAAUAAAUAGUGAUACUGGAGAUUGGCCAGAAAAAUUAGAGGAAUUAUAUCACAUGGUGUAAAAAGAAAAUAGUAAGGCAAUCACAAUUAAAAAUCCAGUGUUUUAGGAAACUUUAAAGGAUAUGUAAAAGGAUCCUCUAUAAUAAUAAAUUGAUCAAAGUUAAUAAAAUGCUAUUUAUAAAGCAUUGUCAAGUCAGAAAUAAUAUCUACAAUAAAGUCUUUCUGAAGUUGAGGCUUCAGUCAAAUAUCAACUUGGCUAAAGAGAAGUAGCAUAUGACACGAUUUAAGACUAAAACAAACAUCUGAUAAAGUAAUGCAAAGAAUUGAGAGAGAAGAAAUAGGAACUGAAAUCAUAAUUAGAUAGUAUGAACAAGGAAUAUAGAGAGAAAAAGAGGGAAUUAAACAGUUAGGGAAUAGAAAUUCCAGAAGAAAAUGAAGAUGAUAAUCAAUUUGCCAGGACCUACGCCACAACCUUUACUUCAAUUACAAGAACACCUGGAACAAAGUCAUAAUAAAAUUUUAGAACUAAAAUUAUUAGAAAUAUAGGAUGA